AUGCCAAUAGAUGUAUACGGUGGAAUAGUGAAGGCUAUGUUGGCUUAUGUGGACGAGAGAACCUUCAUGGUAACUGCGGAACUCAUCAGGAACCCGCCAGGCUUCAUAGGUGGUCGUCGUUCCUGGGGUGAUUUGCUGUUUCUACGCGGAUGCGCUGUGAAUACGAUCCUAGUUGUGCCUCUUAUCGGGCUGGGAGGUUUCUGCUUACAACAACAUCGUGACCGCUUGGGCUUGUACGUGGACAUGGAUCCCGAGAGGCUCCCGUCCAAGCUCGAGAUUGCAGCUCAAAUGAUUCAUUGGUUAUUCCACGCGAGUCCGUAUCUGUAUAGGAGGGUCCACAAGGUCCAUCACGAAUACCCAGCGCCCAAUGCAUUCACCUCAUUAUGGCCGUGGAUUAUGUGGUUCGAUCAUCAGCCUGACUUUGACGAUUUCCACCAUGAGAAAUCCCACGUCAAUUACGGGAACAUGGGAUUCCUAGAUAGAAUAAAUGGUACUGACGGUUUAUGGCGAACGCAUUUGGCUCAGCUAAGAGCCCUGCAGAAGGACGAAGGACUAGAGGCUACGAAUGUCACGAAUCGCUAUUGUGACUAA